AUGGAAACUCUUCGUGCAAUGGGCAGCAUCGGUGAAAUCGACACGCAAAGAGGGCUUGUAAAAAUCGUGGAUCGAUUGCCGUUCCAUUUACAAACACGUUGGCGCGGGCAGGCAGUAAAUGCCUACGAGGCUACUGGUCAUUAUCCGGACAUUGUCAGCUUGGUGGAUUUCGUAGUCAGGGCUGCCAGGGAAGCUAAUGACCCUGUAUUUGGGUAUGUCUCUGAAGCUAGGAACAAUGGCCGCAAGGAAGUCGAGGUAAGACAAGGAAGUUCUUUCGCCGUUGUAGGAGUCGGCACCGACAGCGGAAGGUAUAGCUCAAGGGACAAUCAGUCUAACAGGUUCACCAAUGUGACCUGUCCUAUGUGUCAUGCCGGGCACACACUAUUCGGAUGCAGUCGGUUUAAGGCGAAAAAUCCCGAUGAACGUUUGAAAUUCAGCAGGGACAAUAGACUGUGUGAUAACUGCCUUAAACCUGGGCACUUUGCCUCAAGGUGCCUACUUCAACGACACUAUCAGCUCGCAGUGCCUUUCAAAUCGCCGUCACCCGAUCUAGCAAACAACCUGUUUGUUGCUCGUCGACGCCUAGACUUGCUUGGUAAGAAACUGUCAAAGAACUCUGAUCUCUACGAUAGAUAUCGUAACGGGAUGGAGGACUUGUUAGUCAAAGGAUUUGCGGAAAAGGUACAGGAUGAGGGCAUCAACACUAGCUCGGGAAAAACCUGGUACAUUCCGCACCAUGCCGUCAUCAAUCCUAAUAAGGAGAAACUACGAAUAGUUUUCGAUUGCGCGGCUCAGUUGAAUGGAAAAUCACUCAACUCUGAAGUCUAUCAAGGCCCAGAUUUUACAAACAAGUUGGUUGGAGUCUUGUCGCGAUUUCGGCAAUCUGAGGUGGCGCUGAUGGCAGACGUGGAAGCCAUGUACCACCAGUCUGUCGAUGAUAGUGAGAGGGCUAUACAUCUCGUCAACCAGCUGUCUGCUCUCCUGUCCAGAGGUGGCUUCAGGUUGACCAAAUGGAUGUGCAACAACCGGAUCGUCAUCGAAUCGAUACCCCAGGAAGAGCGAGCCAAGACAGUGAAGGAUUUAAACCUUGACGAACAAGUUCUGCCCACAGAACGUGCCCUGGGGGUUACUUGGAACGCUGAAUCUGACAAACUGGGGUACAGGAUAAAGAUGAAGGAAAAGCCUCUGACUCGGCGUGGCAUACUGAGUGUGGUCAGCUCGAUUUUCGACCCACUGGGUUUGGCUAGUCCAGUGGUCCUACCUGCUAAGAACUUUCAAGACUUGUGUCGCCGCCAAGCAGGCUGGGAUGAACCGAUCACAGAAAACGAACAACGGAGAUGGGAGGCCUGGGUCAAAGGCAUCAAUAAUUUGGAGCAGUUCAGCGUCGACAGGUGCAUCAAACCAAAAGGUUUCGGGCAAGUCAUCAGCUGCCAGUUGCACCACUUCUGUGAUGCAUCAGAGAGUGGUUACGGAGCUGUCUCGUACGUACGCCAGGUGACCCACGAGGGAAAGGUACAUUGCUGUAUUCUUAUGGCAAAGGCCAGACUGUCACCCAAAUCAAUGAUGACGAUACCUAGACUCGAGCUACUGGCAGCUGUGGAGGCUGUAAAAUUGAGCAAAAUCUUACAGCGGGAACUCGAGAUCAAAAUCGAUUCGACAACGUUUUGGACCGAUAGUAUGUUGGUACUGCAGUACAUAUGCAAUGAAAGUAGACGUUUCAAAACAUUUGUGGCGAAUCGUGUGGCUCUGAUACGCGAGAGCACAGACCCCUCACAGUGGAGGCACGUUGACACUGAGCAAAACCCGGCUGACGACGCGUCGCGUGGUUUGACUGCAGCUGAAAUCAUCGCAUCGCGGAGAUGGACUCGCGGACCAGACUUUCUCUGGCAGAAUGAAAUGACAUGGGAAACCACUGUGGAUCUGGCCGUGGACUUAAAUGAGAGCGACUCGGAACUCAAGAAAGCUCAAACGUUUGCUGUGACCGUUGGCACUGUCGAGCACGGGUUGGAUCGUCUCAUGUCACAGUACUCGUCAUGGGAACAGUUACGUCGAGCGGUGGCAUGGUUUCUUCGAUUGAGGAAACGGUUACUGCGCAAAGGAAAGGGUGACGACGCCAUCGACAAUGAACGUGGGAACUUGUCAGUCGCAGAAAUAAAGGACGCUGAGCUGAGUUUAGUCAGGUACACACAGUCGAUAGCAUAUCGCCACGAGAUCAAUAUGCUGCGAAACGGCAAGGAGCUUCAGAAAUCAAGCAGGCUGUAUCAACUCGAGCCUCACCUAAAUGCUGAUGGAACUCUGCGUACUGGUGGCCGGCUGGGUGAUGCGCCGAUACCGGAGGUGCAGAAGCAUCAACACAUAAUACCAUGUGACUCUGUCAUAGCCAAGCUACUGAUCCAGCAUUCUCACGAACUCUCUGGGCACUCUGGGAGAGAAUAUACACUAGCUCUGCUGAGACAACAAUUCUGGUUAACCAAAGCACGCAUAACUGUAACCAGAAUUCUUGCAGAGUGCCGCCAUUGUCGACGUAGGAAGGCAUCACCUGCUCUGCAAAGGAUGGCCGACUUACCCAUGGAUCGUGUUACACCAUACGAACCGGCGUUCACAUACGUCGGUGUGGAUUACUUCGGGCCAUUUAUGGUCAAGCGUGGGCGAUCGGAGGUAAAGAGGUACGGGUGUCUCUUUACAUGUCUGAUCAUAAGAGCCAUCCAUAUUGAGGUUAGUUUUAGCCUCGAUACUGACUCUUUCAUCAACGCCCUUCAAAGAUUUAUUAGUCGCCGAGGCAAGCCGAAAAGGAUAAGAUCGGACAACGGGACUAAUUUUACUGCUGGCGAGAAGGAGUUACGUGAAGCCAUUGAUAAGUGGAAUCAGGACAAAAUCGAUCGGUACCUGGUUCAAAAGGGAAUCGAGUGGCAAUUUAAUCCCGCUGCUGCGUCGCAUAUGGGCGGCGUAUGGGAACGGCAAAUUCGUACGGUUCGCAAGGUGCUGAACUCUACCGUACAUGAGCAGACUGUCGGUGAUGAGGAACUCAUGACUUUGAUGUGUUUGGUCGAGUCCAUCGUAAAUGGAAGGCCAAUGACCACCAUAUCGGACGACGUGAGGGACUUGGAACCCCUUACCGCUAACCAUCUGUUACUGCUGCGUCCGGGCGUCACUCUGCCGUGUGGAGUUUUCGUCGAGCGCGAUAUUUACCGCAAGAAAUGGCGUCAGGUCCAAUAUCUAGCUGACCUGUUCUGGAAACGGUGGGUGUCCGAAUAUCUGCCCACACUCCGCCGUCGAUCAAAGUGGACCGAGCCUCAGGAGAACAUCAAGGUUGGCGACAUAGUUCUUGUCGCGGAUUCGUCAACUCCUCGUAACUUGUGGCCUCUUGCGCGUGUCAUGCAGGUCUAUCCUGGCAAGGACGGACUUGUCAGAUCUGCUACUGUCAAAACUAGGACUGCAGCAUUGUCUAGGCCGAUACAUAAGCUAUGUCUGUUAGAAUCGGUGGAAGAUCGUCAAGGGGAUUAGCUGAGAUCAACAAGGACACGGAUUGACGCAAUGUGGUGGAACCGUGAAAAUCUAAUUUCUUCAUUGCUGUCCCCUGUGCAGUAUGGUUCGUCUGGUGCUAUUUAAGGCAGCUCAGUGUAAGUUGUAUCAUUUAUCAUG